ACAAACUCUAAUCUCUUGAUUGGCCUUCUUCCUACCACCCACACACAAACACACACUCUCUCUCUCUCUCUCUCUCUCUGCAAUUUCAAUUUCGAAGCCCUAAUAAAUCUAAUCUCUUCACUAAUUCCAGUUUCAUUCAAAUCUCCACCUGAUCUUCAACCUCCAUCCCUCUCUCUCUCUACUUUCUCUCUCCUCAAAAACUUCCGAUGUCUGAAGCUAACAGUAAGCUUCAUCUUCCUGACGAUCUCGUUUCCUCCAAACUCACUGCCGAUUCCUGGACUCCUAGAGUUUUGUAGGACUUAAGCAUCAUAAUUCUUCAUGGACCAGAUCCGUAGCUGCAUUAAUGCCUGUGAUAGUAGCCUGCUUCAGCAUUUACUGGAAGCUUCAGGAGGGAAUGAAGAGGAUAAGAUGAUAGGUUUGCUAGAUGAUUCUAAAGAUCAUGCGGGUCUGGACAGCAGCAUCCCCUUGUCUCCUCAGUGGCUGUAUGCUAAACCAAAUGAGACUAAGAUGGAAAUGCGUGCACCGAGUUCUCUUUCUCUUGGAGUUGAUUUCAAUGUGAAGGAACGGCGUCCUGAUGUCACCGAUGACAAAAAAGAUUGGAGAAAAGUUCCAAAUGACACAGCAAGUGCACUUCGUUGGCGGGAAGAAGAAAGAGAAACAGGCUUACUCGGUAGAAGAGACCGCCGGAAAACCGAUAACCGACGUGUUGAUGUUGGUAGAGAGACUACCGAUACCAGAGGUUCGCCUCCUGACAGGUGGCAUGAUGCUGGGAAAACUAAUCCUGGUCUCGAGGCUAGGCGUGAUAGCAAAUGGUCAUCUAGGUGGGGCCCAGAUGAAAAAGACAAGGAACCCCGACCCGAAAAGCGAACAAAUGUUGAAAAAGAAGAUAACCAUAACCAUAACGAAACUCAAACACAUUCAACCACCCCAAGAUUAACAUCUGAGCGUGAUCCAGAACCCCGUGAUAAAUGGAGGCCCCGCCACAGGAUGGAGGCAAAUUCUACCGGACCGGGUUCAUUUCGGGCUGCACCUGGAUUCGGGCUAGAGAAAGGACGGGCUGACGGUUCAACCACCGGCUUUACGAUUGGACGUGGCAGGUCUAGUGGACCCAUUGAGAAUAAUGAUAGUGUACCUGGCAAGCCCGGUGUUUCUGCUGGCGUGUUUCUUUAUCCAAGGGGAAAACUUCUUGAUAUAUACCGUACACAAAAACUUGACCCGUUUUUUGCUAACAUGCCUGACGAAAUCAUGCAAGUUUCUCCAAUAACACAAGUGACUGCUGUCGAACCGCUUGCUUUUAUUGCUCCUGAUAAAGAUGAAGAGUCUAUUCUUAAUGAUAUAUGGACGGGAAAAGUCACCAGUAGUGAGGUGUCAAACAAUUCAUUUCCAAAGGUCAGGUCAUCUGAGAGUAUUACAGAUGCUGGAAAAGAUGGUAAUCUCUUCUCGGUGGAGGAACUUGUUGAUCCAAAUAAGCUGAUUAAUCUAACAGAUGCUGAUAGUACUGUACUUUUGAAAGGUCCUAAAAGAAACUUAGAUGGGGGACAAAAAUUUUCAGAAAUAGAAUCAUAUGAAGAGAAAACAAGGUCAAAGAGUGGAAUCAUUGACAGCAAUCUUGAUAAUAAUUCAAAUCUUAAAGUUACUGAUUCAGCUUACGUGAAGCAUCAGUUGUUUGAGGAUGUCAUCAAUACCGAACAUCCUAAUGAUUCAAACUUGCUCUUUGCCAUGUCAUCAUCUGAGCAAUAUUGGGCUGGAAAUACGCAGCAGCCCAUGAAGAGUAGUAGUAUUAAUAAACAUUUGGCGAGUGUUGUACCACCUGAGGAGUUAAGUUUGCUUUAUUGUGACCCGCAAGGUGAGAUCCAGGGUCCGUUUCUUGGGGUUGACAUCAUAUCGUGGUUUGAACAAGGGUUUUUUGGCGCGGAAUUACCCGUUCGAGUGGCAGAUGCACCAGAAGGAACGCUUUUCGAGGCGUUAGGAGAUGUUAUGCCACAUCUAAAAGGUGCACAUAGUUACACCACUGAACAUGACGUGGCGGUGUUGGCUCCUGUGUCUGAAGCUGAUGUUUUGACGGAUGAUCGUCGUUGGCAAUUGACCGGUAAUAAUGGUUUAGCCACAAAGUCAUACUCUGAAAGUCAAGGCUUCAUUGAAGAAGAUAUUGUUUUCCCAGGAAGGCCUGAACAUUACGUGAACAACCACACUGCUCAUACCGAACCUCAAGCAUCAAGCCAGAAUGAUAAUAAGAUGCACCCGUUUGGGUUGUUGUGGUCUGAGCUUGAAGGGUCAAGUUUAAGGAACGAUCAGCCAUCUAAAACGCCGUUUACUGGUGGUAAUACGUUUUCUGAAAGUAACUUGUAUCAAGAUGCCAUGUCAGCAUCCAACAUGAAUAAAGAGGCAAAUCACUUUGAUUUAGCGGAAAAACUUAGGUCUCAGCACAUCCAACAACAGCUACUUCAGCAGCAUAAUCUGUUAUCUUCUUCUCACUUGAAUGAACAACGGUUGACUGGUCAAGAUCUUGACCACGUUUGGGCACUUCAGUUGCAACAACAGCAACUGCAACAACAGCAACUGCAACAGCAGCAGCAACAACUGCAACUGCAACAGCAGCAGCAGCAGCAACAACAACAGAGGCAGAUUCAGCUUCAAAAACUUCAACAACAAAUGUUGCUUAAAGAGCAACAGUCUAGACAACAAAUGCUGCUUGAACAAUUGGUACACAAUCAGAGGUCACACACGGAUUCGUUAAGGUCGCAUAAUGUACACGAUCAAAUGCUUCUGAAGCAGCAGCAGAUUUUAAGUGAAAUGCAACAACGUGAGCAUUUGAUUCAAGCGAAAUACGGCCAUCAAGGGCACACGAACGAUCUUAUGGAGAUGAUGAUGCAUGCUAAGCAUGGGUCGGUGUCAUCGUUAGAAAACGAGUUGCUUCAACAUGAGCGAUUGAGACAGUUGGGGUUACGACAGAGAGUUGAAAUGGAGGAAGAAAGACAAAUCGGUUCUGACUGGUUUCACCGAGUCAACUCACCUGGACUCAUUGAACGGAACCUUUUGAUGCAGGAACAGAUUCAACGCGGUAUUUAUGAACAACGGUCAUUGUCAAUGCCAGGUGGCGGAGCGGGAAUGAAUCCUUUGGUCUCUAAUAGUUUCCGUCGCUCACAUGGGGAUGUAAUGGAAGAACAAAUGUCGAAUGAGUGGAUGGAAUCACGGAUUCAACAAUUGCAUAUUAAUAAUGAAAUACAGAAACGAGAUAUGGAAGCGAGGAGGAGUUCGGAAGGUCAAAGUCAAUGGAUGUCUGGUGGGACCAGCGAUGAUAAUUCGAAAAGACUGCUUAUGGAACUACUACAUCAAAAACCAUCCAAUCAACCUAUUGAAGUGUUGGAUACAAAUAGUGGACUGAACCAGAACCACCCAUUUGGUGUUGGAUCUUAUGGCUUGAAUUCUGGUGUGCGUGUUGAUGAUACGGUAGUGGGCUUUAAAGUCAAUGAAGAGAGCCUGAACCCGAUAAGUAUGAUGAAUGGUUUGGGUGCAGAAACUCAAGAAAGCAUGGUGACUCAGCAGGGUGGUGUUACUGCUGUAGAUCACAGGCAUAACUCACUUGGAAUUGGUGGCUUAUACAUGGACAAUACUGGAGUUGGACUUCCUGACUUUUUUGCAUUAGACGCUGAAGAUCGGGCGGCAGCUACAUCCAAAAGGCCCGAGAACAUUUUAUUGAAACGUCCACCCGUCGCACGCGCAGCCUUGUCACAUGAAGCGUUAUCUGAGCUGGCAUCAAAAUCAGAUGUCAGAGGAAGGAGUGUCCCUACUAUUAUAUCUCCUGAAGGUGGUAGACGGGAAGCAGGGGGCAGUGCAGCAAAUCAAGCCAUCGACGAUGUUCGUUUUAGAAGAACGUCAUCAUGGAGUGACGCUGACGUGUCAGAGACAGCGUCUUUUAGUGACAUGCUUAAAAGCAAUAAUACUAAAAAAGCGGAUGUAGAAAGUGCAGAUGGACAAGGGGGUAAAGUUGGAAAGAAAAAAGGAAAAAAAGGGAGGCAAAUCGAUCCCGCUCUUUUAGGAUUUAAGGUUACUAGUAACCGAAUAAUGAUGGGCGAGAUUCAACGUAUAGAAGAUUAACUUGACCGACCCGAACCAACGACACAACAGGUCUUUCUUGUUUUUCAUCAUUUGUUGUUUUAUUAACUUGUAUGGAUUUAUACAGUGCAAAGCCUUUUUUAUACACCUCAAUUCUGCAUCCAAAGUUUGUGAUAUUGGGUGAUGAGGUUAGGCAUGCAUAUAGUUUGCUUGUAAAGCUUGUACAGACCUUUUUUUUUAAAAUUUAUUAUGUAGUUCAGUUGAAAAUAUUAAUGCUUAUUAAUAUUAUUUAAGUAUGAAAACUA